AUGGAGUCAGAAAUGGAGUUCCUGCAGUGCCACUUCAACUGGGAUCUGGAGACCAGCAGGUCCAGACUGUUAAAUCUCAGAGACAAGCUGGAGGACAUCGGCACAGAGACGGGAAACAGAUGGCUCGGUCACAUUUACAACCUGUGGGGGUUCAUCCAGUUCAAGCUGGAGGAAUAUGAGGAUGCAAAGAGAUUGUUCAACAAGGCUGCAGAGGCCUUCAGUGAGCUGAGACAUGCAGAUGAGGGUCCCUGGUUGGUAGUGAACUAUGGGAACCUGGCCUGGCUGCACCACCACCUGAGAGAGCAUGCAGAGAGUCAGGAUUACCUGUCAAAGGUAGAUGCCCUGAUGGAGAAAUACCCAUCUCCAUCCCAGAGCGAGCUCCACCCAGAGAUCUACGCUGAAAAAGCCUGGACUCUGAUGAAUUUUGGUGAGGAUAAAAACCUGGUUACAUUUUACUUCCAGGAGGCCAUCAGGAUGCAGCCGGACAUGGUGGAGUGGAACACCAGCCAUGUUUUAAACUUGGUGGAUAAGCACAGCCCCACAGGAGUGGACACUGACCUCCUGGAGAAAAUGAGAGCUGCGAAGGAACAGGAUCCAGAGAACCUGUACCUUGUCGGUAUCUACCUUGAACAACUUGCAAAGAAAGGUGAAAAUUUUGAAUAUGAAGCAGUUCAAUUGGCCAAAAAGGUGUCAAUGAAUCCUGUCAGCAGCUACAGCGGUUUGAGGGUGGUGCUGAGGUUUUACCGAAACCAUGUAUCUGCCGAUGAAGCCAUUGGUUUUGCAGAGAGGGCUCUGAACAAACAUCCAGAGGAGCGGUACCUGAAGAGGUGUGUUGCGGUCUGCUAUAAAUGGAAGAUCAUUUAUUCCGGAGAGAGCUGCCCUCAACAAAGCACCUGGGACAGAGCAAUCAGUCUCCACGAGGAGCUGCUGUCUCUUUACCCUCACUCUAAUUUGAUGAAGAAAAUAGAUCUCGCUUCUAUAUGCGCCAAAACAAGUGACAGCAAGGAGAAAGCCGAGCAGAUCUACCAGGAACUGCUUCUGAGUGAUCUGGAUGCUGCAGACAAGCAGAUGCUUUACAACCACUAUGCUUACCAUUUAUACUACGAUCAACAGAACUCCAGAGGGUCAAUACAAUACCACAUGAAAGCAGCAGAGAUAGCACAUCAGUCCUUCUAUCGAGACAGCAGCAUCAACUGUUUAAGGAGGAUUAAAGACCGGAACAGGCACACAAUGUGUCCAGAAAUAGGGGAGUUCCUACGAAGUCUGUCAGAGGCGGUUUCUUAG